GAAACCCCAUGUUUCCUUUCUUGUCACUCUCUCUUUCCUCAAGUCGCUGUUAAAAAAUACACAGUUAGUGUUCCCACACUUCCAAAUAUGCAUAUAUAUGUUAUAAAUAAUAAAGUUUGAUAAUAUACUCCUAUAUAAUUUAAAGAUCGGUUCAUCUCGUGAUCUGUGCACAGUCUACAUGAUACUAAUUCUUGGGUUUUGGUGGGUUUGUUCAAUCAUUGCUAUAUAUCCACCUGUCUUUGAAUCAUUCACUUCAUAAUUGUGAUCUACUAAAGAUAGAAGGGUCAGGCCCAUUUUUGGAGUUUUGGGAUAGUUUUAUUUUUCUCAAAGUGAAAAAAGUUUUCUUGGAAUAGUUUAUGAAUGACAAAGUUAUGAGGAUUUUCUCAGGCUUUAGGAGAGAUUUAAGUAUUUGCAGCUUCAAAAGUGGCUUUGGUUUUGCUAUAAAGGAAGACAAAGCUUCAUAGUACAUAAAAGGAUUUAAUAGACUGAGAUCAGAGCGUACGACAAAUGGCGGUGUUUUGACCAGAAUGGAUCCUCAGGCUUUUAUUAGGCUGUCAAUAGGGUCGUUGGGGUUGAGACUCUCUGAAACAACUUUAAAAGGUACAAAAUCAGGGAUAAGUGCACUCUCUUCUCCCUGUGUGUGCGAGAUCCGUCUUCGAGGUUUCCCUGUGCAGACAUCAUCUGUUCCUUUUAUUUCCUCACCUGAAGCUACCCUGGAUAUUCACAACGUUGCAUCCAGCUUUUAUCUUGAAGAAUCUGAUUUGAAAGCCUUACUGGAGCCUGGCUGUUUUUAUGCGCCUCAUGCAUGUCUGGAGAUAGUUGUAUUCACAGGACGCAAAGGUGGCCACUGUGGUGUUGGUGUUAAGAGGCAGCAAGUUGGGACUUUUAAGUUGGAAGUAGGUCCUGAGUGGGGUGAAGGAAAGCCAGUCAUUCUGUUUAAUGGCUGGAUAGGAAUUGGCAAGAACAAGCAGGAGACUGGUAAACCUGGACCGGAGCUUCAUUUGAGAGUGAAGCUGGACCCUGAUCCAAGAUACGUUUUCCAGUUUGAAGAUAAGACGAAACUAAGUCCCCAGAUCGUGCAACUUCAGGGAACCAUCAAGCAACCUAUUUUCAGUUGCAAGUUUAGUCAGGACAGGACAUCUCCGGUAGAUCCAUUAAAUAAUUUUUGGUCAAAUUCAGUUGACGGUUCUGAACUAGAGGUAGAGAAAAGAGAGAGGAAGGGAUGGAAGGUGAAGAUACACGAUCUGUCAGGCUCAGCUGUUGCAGCAGCGUUCAUAACAACUCCGUUUGUGCCAUCAACAGGUUGUGAUUGGGUGGCCAAAUCCAACCCAGGAGCUUGGUUGAUUGUUCAUCCCGAUGUUUGCAGGCCCGGAUGUUGGCAGCCAUGGGGAAAGCUUGAAGCAUGGCGUGAACGUGGGAUCAGAGAUACCAUUUGCUGUCGCUUCCAUCUUCUAUCCGAGGGCGGGCAGGAAUGUGGCGGUGAUCUUCUCAUGUCUGAGAUCUUGAUCAGUGCAGAAAAGGGCGGUGAGUUCUACAUAGACACGGACAGACAGGUUCGGGCAGCAGCAAGUCCAUUGCCUAGUCCGAGAAGCAGCGGAGACUUUGCAGCACUAAGUCCUGUUGCAGGCGGUUUUGUGAUGAGCUGUCGAGUACAAGGGGAAGGGAAAUGCAGCAAGCCCCUCGUGCAACUUGCCAUGCGACACGUAACCUGUGUGGAAGACGCAGCCAUUUUCAUGGCGCUUGCUGCUGCAGUUGAUCUUAGCAUUGAGGCAUGCAGGCCUUUUCGCAGAAGACUACGGAGAAGUACUCGUCAUUCCUGGUGAUGUAUACACAUAAUGAUAUACUGAUAUCCUUCUCUAAUGAAGUAAAGCCAAGCCCUUCCUGUAUUUCUCCUAAUUGUUGGAACAACUUCACUUGCUGUAUAGAACCAACUUAAUCUAUAUGAACUUUCUUCUCAAAA